AAAAUGAAGUUCGGCAAGACUCUUGAUUCCCUAAUGGUGCCCCAAUGGCGGCAUCAGUACAUGAACUACAAUGAGCUGAAGACCAUGAUACAGGAAGCGGUGGCUAAGGCCCCGGGUGGUUCUCAGGUCAGCAACGCUGAGGUAGUAGCUUACUACAGGGACUUCGAGAAGCUCUUCUUCGCCACCUGCGAGGAUGAGUUGACCAAAGUGAACGAAUUUUUCGCCUACAAGCAGGCAGAGGGGCAUCGAAAAUUGGCAGGUCUUAACUACCAGCUAGUAACCAGGGAUCGUCGAAAUAACCAACAGGAUCCUCCAGAAUCGGCAACUUCCGGGGCAUCAUCCUCGUCUUGGACUCGUCAGUCGGACGACCAGCGAAAGAUGCCGUCUGUCAAGAAACUUCAAUUGGCCAUGAGCGAGUUCUAUUUGAGCCUAAUAAUGCUGCAGAAUUACCAAACUCUAAACAUGACAGCUUUCCGGAAAAUCUGCAAAAAGUACGACAAAAACCUAAAGUCUGAGGCUGGUCUUAUUUGGUAUGAACGUUACAUUCUGACGGCCUCCUUUGUCAAUUCCACGCGGUUAGAUCGGAUGAUAGCUACUACUGAGGAUCUGUAUACCCGAUACCUGGCCAAUGGAGAUCGGUCUAAGGCUAUGUCCAAGCUUCGUGUGCCACCAUUGGGUCAAGCAACCUCUCCGGUUCAUGUGUUCUGCGCUGGCCUCUUUCUGGGCCUCUUUUUGGUAGGAGCUGUGAUUUGUUUGAUAUCUUAUUUCGCCCUAGACUUAAACUCAGAGAAUCGGUUAGUGUUCAUAAGCCUCUUCAGAGGACCCAUUUCUGGUGUGUUCUUUGGCUUUUGCCUGGCAAUCAAUAUAAAAAUCUAUGAAAAGAAGGGCAUAGAUCAUGUCCUGAUCUUCGAGGUGGAGCGUAGGAAUGCGGUGGGUGCCAUGAGAGCCUUGGAAAUAUCCAGUUUCUUUGGAUACCUGUGCACUCUAAGCGUUUUACUGUACUUGCUGCACGAAGAGUUCUUCAUGGAUAAGCCUUACUAUAUACCACUGAUCCAAGUGGCAAUCGUGGUGGUGCUGUUCCUCAAUCCCAUACACAUUGGCUACUACUCAGGCAGGAUGUGGCUCAUAACCAUUGUGGGUCGCAUCCUCUUGGCUCCUCUGUUCUUUGUGAGUUUCGUGGACUUUUGGGUGGCGGAACAGUGGACCUCGCUGGUGGUUAGCAUUGCGGAUCACUAUUACCUUAUGAGGUUCUAUUUUCGCUAUUUCCUGGACCGAAAAGAUGCCUUUGAGUUUGAACCCGACUAUGUGGGAGCUUUCAUUCAAUGUUUGCCUGCAUGGUUUCGAUUUUGUCAGAGUCUUCGACGAUUUAGGGACAGUGGUUCCAAGUCCACGGAUUAUCUAAUCAAUGCCCUGAAAUACUUUCUUUAUAUAAUGGAGAUCAUUAUUACCACAAUACAAAUGCAGAAGAAUGCCAAUUAUAAUUCCAUUUUUGAGAAUCCCUGGACUUGGACUUACAUAACAAUUUGCCUGGUCUCAUCAAUAUACUCCCUGUUUUGGGACUUGCUGAUGGACUUUGGCUUGUUUAGAGUGUGGAAGGGCGAGAACAUCUUCCUACGCGACAAUCUAGUCUUUCCCAAGUGGUUCUAUUACUUUGUGAUUGUGGAAAACACUCUGCUGCGAUUUGUUUGGAUCUUGGAGUUUUCCUUGGUCUAUCAGAAAGUCGUAGCUCCCUAUAAUGGCCAGUCGAUUAAAUGUUUCUGUGAGAUUUUCCGACGAUUCAUUUGGAACUGUUUGCGUUUGGAAAACGAACAUUUGUAUAAUUGCGGACAGUUUAGGGCCACUCGGGACAUAUUUAUUACCAGAAUUGAUCCGCAAGAGGAACGUUUCCUAGAGGAUAUGAUGGAUGGCUCUGAGAAUCUUGGAAAGGACAAACUAGAUAAGAAGUAUUUCUAA